ACGUUUCCGCGCGCGCCGUUCUCCGCGUGUCCGUAGGUUUUCCUGUGUUUCUAUGCUGAGGGUUUCCAUCGGGGGAGUGAAAUGCCAUCAAAAAUCUUCUUUGAAAACACAGAUCAUAUCAUGGAGGGAGAUGUGGACACUGUCGCUGAAGCUGAACCCCUAAAGAAAAAGCCCAAGGAGGGCAAGAAGCAGCAGCAGAAGAAGAAGAAGCAGCUGGAAGACCAGGAGGAGAAGGAGGACUGUGAACCUCCAGCACCAAAGAAGAAAAAGAAAAAAGACCAGCUGGCAGCGGACCAAGUGAAUGGCCAAAUAGAUGAAGCCGCAGACAUGAAUGGCAACAGUAAUGAUGUUGAAACACCAAAGAAAAAGAUUAAGAAGAACACUGAAGGAGACACAGAGAAAAAAAAGAAGAAGCAAAAGAAAGUAAUCGCAGAGGCAGCAACCAAUGGACUUUCCACCCCAAACACCCCUGUUCAGACACCGUCCCAGUCAAGUGAGGACUCGGCCACUGACAAUGAAAAAGAAACGGAUGAGACGCCAGAGCAGAGGGAAGGGGCCUUCUCGAACUUCGGGAUCUCCCAGGUCACCAUCAGUAAACUCGAAGCUCGGGGAGUCACCUACCUGUUUGAUAUUCAGGUGAAGACAUUUAAUCAUGUAUAUGACGGAGAGGAUGUAAUUGCACAAGCCCGAACAGGAACAGGAAAGACUUUUUCCUUUGCCAUCCCUUUGGUGGAGAAGCUCCAGAAGGACUCAGUGGAGAUGACCAGAGGCCGGGCUCCUCAGGUCCUGGUGUUAACUCCAACCAGAGAGUUGGCUAUCCAGGUCGCUAAGGACUUCAAAGACAUCUCCAAAAGACUGGCUAUUGCCUGCUUCUAUGGAGGCAGCUCAUACAACCCCCAGAUCAAUGCCAUUCGUAAUGGUAUUGACAUUCUGGUUGGAACCCCUGGUCGCAUCAAAGACCACAUCCAAAACUCGACCUCUAAACUCGACCUCUCCAAAGUGAAAUAUGUUGUUGUGGAUGAAGUAGACCAAAUGCUGGACAUGGGUUUUGCAGAACAGGUUGAAGAAAUUUUGGCUUCAUCAUAUAAGAAAGACAGUGACUCCAAACCCCAGACUCUGCUGUUUUCAGCCACCUGCCCCCCUUGGGUCUAUGAGGUGGCCAAGAAAUACAUGAAACCAGGCUGCAAACAUGUUGACCUGAUUGGCAAGAAAACACAGAAAACUGCAACUACUGUUGAGCAUCUGGCCAUCGCGUGCCACUGGUCACAGCGUGCAGCCGUGAUAGGUGAUGUGAUCCAGGUUUACAGCGGCAGCCAUGGCCGAACCAUCGUAUUCUGUGAGACAAAGAAAGAGGCCAACAAACUCUCCAUGAAUGCAUCCAUUAAGCAGAGUGCCCAGUCCCUUCAUGGUGACAUUCCACAGAAACGGAGAGAGCUGACGCUGAAGGGCUUCAGGAAUGGGGCCUUUGAGGUUCUGGUUGCCACCAAUGUAGCAGCCCGUGGGUUAGACAUUCCCGAAGUUGACCUGGUGGUGCAGUGUUCUCCACCCAAGGAUGUGGAGUCGUACAUCCAUCGUUCGGGGCGAACGGGACGAGCAGGCAGGACUGGAGUCUGCAUCUGUUUCUACCAGAGGAAAGAAGAGGACCAGCUGCGUUAUGUAGAAAAUAAAGCAGGUAUUACAUUCAGACGAGUUGGCGUUCCCACUGCCAAUGAAAUCAUCAAGUCAUCAAGCAAAGAUGCUGUCAGGUUUCUGGACUCUGUUCCAGUCACAGCUAUUGGGUACUUCAGAGCGUCAGCUGAGAAGCUGAUCGAGGAGAGGGGAGCUGUUGACGCACUAGCUGCUGCCCUUGCCCAUAUUUCAGGAGCCACAAGUUUAGAGCAGAGGUCAUUGCUCAACUCUGAUGCUGGUUACACCACCAUGCAGUUGGUGUGUUCUCAGGAGAUGCAUAAUCUGGGUUAUGCCUGGAGGACCAUCAAAGAACAUCUUGGAGAACAGAUCGAGAACCACAUUCACAGGAUGACCUUCCUCAAAGACAGAACAGGAGUUUGUUUUGAUGUCCCAGCUGACAAAGUCAAGGAGAUUCAGGAGAACUGGAAGGACGGCCGCCGCUGGCAGCUGACUGUUGCCACAGAGCUCCCAGAGCUGGAGGAGAAACAGCUCAGUAACCGUGGUGACAGAGGCUUUGGCAGUGGUAACCGUAGUGACAGAGGAGGAGGGUUCAGAGGUGGAAGGGGACGGAAUUUUGGGGGAAACCGUGGCCAUGGUAACGGGUUCCGGAACAGCAGUGGUGGCCAUAGCAACAACAGAGGAGGACACAAACGCAGCUUCAGCCAAGCUUUUGAUUACUGAAGUGCAGACCUGUGAACUGAUAGGACAGACUGCCACUCAUGGGCUAGCAGUAGUCUUUACUGGGUGUCGGUGAGAGGGCUCGAUGGAUGACUGGUGGAAACCUCCAUCACGAUACAAGCUGUCAAGUGUUUAUAAGUUUGAUACACACAUUAAUUACAGAUUUAUUAAUAUAAAGUAAACAAAACGAGUUAUCUGAUAAAAUGUUUUAUUUCCUAGUAGCCAUUUCUGAGGGGUAGAACAUCACACUUUCCGUGUACAGAAGAUUGUCACAGUACCACCGGCAGCCAUUUUGUAAUGCCGAUAUGUGCUGCUUUUAGGUGACGCAGAUCGUGAAAUGAUGUUCUGAACAGCUGAAAUUUUGCUACAUAUAUUUCUUACAUAAUUUGUCAUGUCUUAAAUGGCAUCAAACAGGCUAUUCAACCUAUUGUAAACAUUUGCAUUAUGUGAUGGAAGUUUGAACACAUCAUCCAUUGAGUUUCAGGUAAAGUGUUGCUUUUUACAUACUGGGCAUUUGGGGAACAAUGGCAGCGGACCGACUUGAGCAUAUGUCCAGAAUAGAAGGCCAGCUUGUAAACAUGCAGAUUGUCGCAUGACUAGACAACUCUGAGUGUGCAUUGUACCGUUUGUGCUCUGCACCCACAGAAAAAAGUGAUGACAUGGGUGUUGAUCUUUACACAUGCUCGGUGUCAGAUUGCUGCCUCACCAUCAGCUGAAACCUCCCUCCCCAAACAUAUAUUGGAUGAUUGCUUUGCAAUUGCCUCUGUUUAAUGUGGUUCCAUUCAUUUGAAUGAGUCAUUAAAAAAGGUCAACUCUG